AACUUCCCUCGCCCCUGAGGUACGGUACAACAAAUCCAUCUUUUUCGAAAAAUUAUAACCCUUUUUAGUUAGAAUAAAAAUAUGUUUGUAAUAUUGAAGUAAAUGUAAAGAAGUGUGCUAUGCGUGCUAUAUACACACAAAAUUAAUAAAUACUAACUAAUAAAAAUCGCCACCGGCGGCAGAUGGACGGAAACGGGAGACCACUUUUUCCGUACAUCUGCCACCGGCGGCAGAUGGACGGAAACGGGAGACCACUUUUUCCGUACUCUAGAGGCAAUGAAACGACCAGAAAACAUGAAACUGGCAAGUUAGCUAACGCUCAGGAUUUCAAAUCAUCAAAAACUAAACCAUUUAAAACUUGCGUUUGAACCUGAAACCAACCAGAACUUUUCCUUCAGUUAUCGCGCCGAAAUCUGACACGUCAAACCUACGCAAAAACCCGAUAACCCGCCUUGAUAAAAACCGUGAAUCACAGAACUCAAAAAACCAUAAUUUCUUCGCCUCUUGUCAGUGUCGUGUCUCUAAGUAAUAUCGAACUGUCCUAAAAUCACCACGUCGCCACUCAGCGAUUUCGUUUUAGAGGGGUACCUCACAUUCUGAUUUAGACACUUGAACUCGAUCUAGUUCGCUGUGACACAACAAAACGUCCUUUCAACCGAAUUUCGACCCUUUCGUGCUCCCUGCCAUGAAACCGGUCAGUGCGUCCAGCAUCCAUCCCCGGCUCUAAUCACAAUGAAAUAAUGGCAAAACCCAGCACAUCCCGAGUUUACAGCGACGUCAAUUCGCAAAAACCCAGAGAAUACUGGGACUACGAAAACCACGCCGUGAUCUGGAGCGAGCAGGACGAGUACCAAAUCGUGAUGAAAAUCGGUCGAGGGAAAUACAGCGACGUGUUCCAGGCUGUCACCGUGACAAACAACAAGUGCGUCGUCAAAGUGCUGAAGCCCGUGAAACGGAAGAAAAUCAAGCGGGAGAUCAAGGUCCUGGAGAACUUGAGGGGCGGAACCAACAUAAUCACCCUCAUUGCGGUAGUCAGAGACGAAAUCACCAAAACCCCGGCUCUGAUUUUCGAACACAUCAACAACACGGAGUUCAAGCAGCUGUAUCUCACCCUCAAAGACCCCGACAUCCGCUACUACCUGAACGAGCUACUGAAGGCUCUGGAUUACUGCCACAGCAUGGGGAUCAUGCACCGGGACGUCAAACCCCACAACGUCAUGAUCGACCACGAGAACCGGAAACUCAAACUCAUCGACUGGGGUCUGGCGGAGUUCUACCACCCCGGUCAAGAAUACAACGUCCGAGUGGCCUCCAGGUACUUCAAGUCCCCGGAACUCCUCGUCAGCUACCAAAUGUACGACUACUCGCUCGACAUGUGGUCCUUCGGGUGCAUUUUAGCCUCCAUGAUCUUCAGAAAAGAACCCUUCUUCCACGGGUACGACAACUACGACCAACUAGUGCGCAUUGCCAAAAUUUUGGGCACGGAAGAACUCUUCCAAUACAUAAACAAAUACGACAUACAGCUGGAUCCGAAAUUCAACGAUCUGCUGGGGAUGCAUUCGCGGAAGAAGUGGGAGAAGAUGGUGACUAAAGCCACUGAGAGUUUGGCCACUGCGGAGGCGUUGGACGUUUUGGAUAAGUUGCUGCGGUACGAUCACCUGGAGCGUCUGACGGCGAAGGAAGCAAUGGAUCACGUUUAUUUCUCGGGUGCGAAAGCUUCGGGUUCGGCAAAGGCGUCGGGUUCCACGCCGCGGUCGAAUAAAGCGUCGGUUUCUACGCCUCGGCCGAGCAAAGCGACGGUUUCGACGCCUCGUCCGAGCAAAACCUCCGUUGCUACGCCGCGUUCGGGGAAAAGCAAAACCGGACGCGGCACGUCGGUGUAAUAUGUAAGGUGCAACGUACUUGUUUUUAAUGUUGUUGAAAGAUGUAUACUUUAAGAACACUGUCUAGGAGCUUUUAACAAUAACGGUUUUUUCUGUUGCUGUUGUUUAUCAUUUUAUUUAUUUAAU